CGGCGCAAAAGUCCUCUCACAUGUGUUGCAUCCGAUAGAGUUCAUUCUACGCGCGGAUUGAGGCGAGGGAAGUAAGCAGGUGCUUAUGCGCCACCUAUCGUCGCUCUGUCGAAACUCGAGAGCCAAAAAUUUCCUGACAAUUAUAUAUCGACUUCUCGAGAUUCAAACUCUUUCCUCAGCGCGACGUAACGGUGUACAAAAGAGCCGAUAGAUUGAAAAGAUCGUACGUGAGUUUUACAACGAACUAUACAAGCACAGAGAGACACGUUAUCGCGGCUAUAAUUAGUUUCGCGAGUAACACGCGCUUACCUCACUCGACGAGUCACCACCUCGUACGGUACAGAAUCUAUAUAAUGUAAAAAAAGCAUUUCACGCACAGUAGUCCAGAGGAUAACGAACGAAAAGAGCACUCGAACUACCUUCUACAGCAGCUCGAGAGGUGGAGUCAAAGGGCGGAGGAUUGAUGGAUAAUGGGAGAGAGGAUAAGGUGGUGAGAGUAUGCCGAGGUGCGACAUGCGUUCCGAGGUCGCAGGCCGAAUGAACGUCCCACGCGUUUAUCGGACUCUAACAUGCACUGCUUCAGCUACGGACCUCCUGCUACCUUACUGAGAGAAGCCGGCACGAGAUUAGACGGCGCAUCAGCAGCAGCAGCAGCAGCAGUAGUAGAAAGCGAUGAUGAGCCGAUGCUGCCGAUGAGGAUGUCAAGCUCGCGAGCUUUCCGCUCGGCUCGGGUGGGAUGUAGUUGACGUUGCUCAGCAGUAGCGCUCGCAGGUGGCGGGGGCCGGGGGCGAGUGCUGCAGUCGCCUCGGCCGGGGUUAAUCUUAGGUCGAGCUCAUCCUCAUCGUUGUCGGCAUCAGCGCAGGACAGCUGCCGGACGAUGUAUAUAUGAGCGCCGGGGUAGAGACGCGGGCGUUCCGAGCUUCUCCGGCGGGGCUGAGCAGUAGCAGCAGCAGCAGCAGCAGCAGCAGCAUCAGUAGCGACGAAGACGAGGAGGACGAGGAGGAGGAGGAGGAGGAGGUGGGGAAGAAGGAGAGGAGGAAGAAGUAGAGACAAGAGAGGAAGGAUGAACGUGACGCUGGUGACGACGUGCCUGCUGCCGGAGACCUGCAACGAGACUAGCCUGCUCGAGAGCAACCUCACCGGCAUCGAGGAUGAGGGUCCCCUGGGUCACCAGUAUCCCGUCUGGAAGGUCAUCCUCAUCAGCAUCGUCGCCGCCUGCCUCAGCCUGGUCACCGUGAUCGGCAACAUCAUGGUCAUGGUCAGCUUCAAGAUCGACAAGCAGCUGCAGACCAUCAGCAAUUACUUUCUCUUCAGUCUGGCUGUUGCCGAUUUCGCCAUAGGCCUCAUAUCCAUGCCGCUGUUCACGGUCUACACGGUGCUCGGCUACUGGCCGCUCGGCUCCCACGUAUGCGACACCUGGCUCGCCCUCGACUAUCUCGCCAGCAACGCGUCCGUGCUCAACUUGCUCAUCAUCAGCUUCGACAGGUACUUCUCCGUCACGAGGCCGCUCACCUACAGGGCCAAGAGGACCACCGUCAAGGCUGGCAUCAUGAUCGCCUGCGCCUGGGGCAUAUCGUUGCUGCUCUGGCCGCCGUGGAUCUACGCCUGGCCGUACAUCGAGGGCGAGCGGACUGUGCCCGAUAACGCCUGCUACAUUCAGUUCAUCGAGACGAACCAUUACAUCACCUUCGGCACCGCGAUAGCCGCCUUCUACGUGCCCGUCACCGUCAUGGCUUUCCUCUACUGGAGGAUAUGGCAGGCGACGGAGAAGCGACAGAAGGACCUGCCCAACUUGCAGGCCACCAACAAACAGGACGUCAGCAAACGAAGCAGUGGGCUUAGGUUAGCCGACGAGGCCCUGGACAUGGAGGUGUGCUGCGAGAGGCCUCGCAGCGAGUCGAGCACCGGCGCGGGAUACGAGGUGAAUUCCACGCAUAUUGCGGUUUCCUAUCUCGACAGGCAUUAUCCUCAGCACAGGGUAAAGCACCGGCCUCUGUCGUGGACGUGGCUGAAGAUGUGGUGCGUCGCCUGGUGGCACAGUGGCCGAGAGGACGACGACGAGGAGGACGACGACGAUGAGCCCGGUGGUCCGGAGAGUAGUCGGACGGUGCCGGGCUACGACGAGACCCUGACGCCGGUGUCGCUCGAGACGCCGGUCGCCAGCGUCAUAUCGCAGUGUGACUCGUUCGGCGUCAUACAGUCGACCAGCAUAAACCUGGAACAGCACGCGCAAUCCUACAGGUCGUUAGGCACGCGGACGACUGCGCAUUCCAGCUCGGCUACUAUUGCCAAUAACAAUAUGUCCAAUGACUCGGUGUACACGAUCCUGAUAAGGCUGCCAGGACCUCCGGCGCGGAGCAAAGACGCUCAAAUGCUGGGCCGAUACGGCGCGGUCGAGGCGCCCAGCAUCAAGAUGUACCCGGACGACGUGAUAAGCUUCCAGCCCCUCCGCCCGGGUAUGGAGCUCAACUGCGACGGCCAGGAGAUCAUAGUCUCGGCCUCGUCGACAGCGGCCUCGUCGCAGCUGCAACAGGACGUCCGGAUACCUUUAAGCGCGAAGAACAUCCCCGGCAAGCAGGUGGCCGGCAAGUCGUCCUCCUCUUCCGGCGGCGGUACCAGCGGCGCCGGAAAAGCUCCGGCCAAGAAGAAGAAAAAGUCCCAGGAGAAGAAGGCCGAGAAGAAAGCCGCGAAGACGCUCUCGGCCAUCCUCGCUGCGUUCAUCAUCACCUGGACGCCUUACAACAUCCUCGUGCUGCUGAAGCCCCUGACCGCCUGCACCGGCUGCAUACCCCAGGAGCUCUGGGACUUUUUCUACUAUCUCUGCUACAUCAACAGCACCGUCAAUCCGGUCUGCUACGCCCUCUGCAACGCGACCUUCCGCAGGACCUACGUGCGCAUACUCAAGUGCAAGUGGCACAGCAGGAACAGGACUGGCGUCAACCGGGGAUACUGAGGAGGAGGAGGAGGGGGAGGGGGAGGGGAUACACCUUUUGUUUCUAUACUCGUACACGUAUAUUUGUAUACAGAGAUGACGACGCAAUCGACAGGGCUGUUCCGCCGCGAGAGAGUAUAGGUUUGUCGAUGGCGCGCGAAAUUCCUUCUAACGCCGCGAGAGAAAAAGAGACGGUAAGAGGGAGGAUGGAAGGAUCGAUAUAUAUAUAUAUAUAUAGCGCCGGAUGGCAAUAACACACACACACACAGAGGGGUGAAGAGCGUGACACUCGUUGACACGGUCUAGAGCCUCGUCGUCGAGGUAUGGUUUGCGUGCGGCUGGAUUUUUAUACCUUUUCCAAUGGCUUUUUUUUCAGGAGCCUUGUUCAAUCUUCCCGAAGAGUUACAGAGCCAUCAACAGUUGCAUAAUUUCGCGCUCGCUUAGAGCAGUUGAAAAAGCGAGACAGGAGGAGUUACGACGAGUCCGAAAGCUCUCCCGCCGCCGCCGACGCGAGAGAGAAAACACUGGAACUCUCCCUCGCCGUGCUUCAGACGCGCGCAGAAACGAGACGUGUGUGUGUGUGUGUGUGUGUGUAAGUGUGUGACAUACACAUAGACACGUAUAAUACAGAGAAGUAGGCUCUUUGUCGCGUUCACUUUUGAUAACGAGAUAACUUUCCUACGCAAGCUCGACUCGUUGAGUGUGCGUCUGUAAAAGCCGUCGUUUUACCUUUUCUCUCCCCCCCCCCCCCUCCCCCCCUUAUGCUCCGCAGUUUCCGAGGGCCGAAGAGUGUGCGUUAUGGCUGGCUGGUCCUGGCCGACGAAUCGAAGCCAGUAUAUAUAGUGUGUAUCGCGAUCCGCCAAGGCGCCAUUAAGCGAGCUUUACUUUAACGACUCUUUUUGGGUUCGUUGUACCGCUCUUUCUUCCUCUCUAUCUCUCGUUUCUUUUUUUUCUCCCGUCCCGGAUAGUUUUCGGCUUUUUAAACCGGCGGAGUAUUUAUCGCGCUACACACUGCGAGCUUUUAUUGAUUUCCGUGCCGGACCUUCGGACGCGUGAAAAGUUUCGGAAAAUUCCUCGGCGGCGGCUGUUAUACGGAAUUCCUGCAAGCUCGUUUAAAAAACUAUUUUUUUUUUCUCCUCGUCUACCCUCGUGAGAAUCGGCCAUUAGUUCGGAUAGUCCAAGAGAGAGAGAGAGUGAGAGAGACAGCAUUUCGAAGCGAUAAGGGGGAUGAAAGCUCGACCAUUAUAUCAAUUACGAAUCCACGGAGCUUUUUUUCUCUCUCUCUCUCUCUUCGGCUCUUGAAAAAUACCGAACGAACGGCAGAGCUGAGGGAAAAUUGUCUCUCCGGAGAAAUUCAAUUUCUCCGCACCCACACACACACACACACACGUGUGUGUCCGCGAAAUGUACUGCAAACAUACUAGUGCCCGACGGACGAGGCAGGAAAUUGCUUGUAUACCGGGGCUGAGCUUUUUUCUUCGCUUCACGAUGCCUUACAUCCUCGACUCGGAAACGACAAUCGCGAGAAAUGCAAAUUGUAUGUAUGUAUAUAUAUAUAUGUAUAUAUAUAUAUAUAUAUAUACGCGUGAAGGGGUUGAUAUUCUCUCUUGUAUUUUGUCGAUUGCGUCGCGAAUAUGAGUUAUACGAGCUGAUCGAACGACGAAGAGUGAAAAAGGGGAAAAAUGUAAAAUAGUAUGCAAAAACUGUAUAAGCAUUAUAAUGUAUAAGAGUUAGCGCGGCGCACGUGGUCUGCGAAAGGAUAAGGGGAUACGACGAAAUCUCAACGGAACCGGUCGUUUAUUAUUACGAUUACGUAGAAGUGAAGCUAAUAUCGCUGAUGACACACGCAUAAAACAAUUAUAUAGAUAGAUAUAUGUAUACAUACGGAGAAAUAGGUGUAUACGCGCGUAAUGACGUAUAUAGAGAGAAACCAGACAAAUUUAAUCGAGAAUCGAACAAGCUUCCGUACUGACGAACAAAGUGAACGGUUAAAGUAUAUAUAUAUAUAUAUAUGAUACAUAUGACAUUCUAAUUGAACGUGCCAAAAACAAAAUAGAAGAAGUGAACAAAAUAUCUGACGACAAACACACAGACACUUAUACACUUACAUCGGGGGGGGGGGGGGCCGACAAACAAGACGCGAAAGUGAAUAUAUGACUAUAUUGUGUGUAUUCGUAUAAAAAGUAUAUGAAAAAUAACGUAACGUAUAUAAGAAAUAUGAUAUGCGUUUCCUAGGCGAGCGCGUUUUCACACCUUUACACAUUUACAUGUUGUAUUUAUUAUCUCGAGAUAUGUAACUAUAUGUAUCACAUACGUACGUAUGUAACAUUUUACGCGCGCGCGCGGUGAAUUUUAAACGAAACAAAUUUCAAGAACGACGAACAGCACGAGGGAAAAUUUUUGAUAAUCGAAGAAUAUAGGUUCAGUUUUUGAAUGGCCGUUGAAACACGCGUCCACAACGUCUGUAUACACGAGAUUUGGUUUUUCCGACGGAAGGAUACGGCUCUUUCUCUCGACUUUUUCCACUCGUCAGCUAUCGGUUGUGUCUUUUUUUUUUAUUGUUAUAUAUAUAUAUACACACACAGAGAGACCACAUUACUACAUCGUAUCCUUCUUCGCGGUGAGAUUAUACCUCUUAUCUUUACGAGGAUAUUUUAGGCCGAGGUUUAACUUUAACUUUGUACUUUUAUACUUGUCGCAAGUGAGUAUCAAUGAUAUAUUUUAAACGUUUUUUACAAUACACGCCGAUUUUGUCAAAAUUUUCUAUAUUGGGACAAAACAAGAGAAAAAAAGAACGAUACAAAUUGAGAAGAAGUUUGAUAUAAUAAUCCCGUUUCAAGAGCCAUUCGAAGUUGACACUGCGUUUUCCGGUUAUCGUCGACGAUUAUAUCUUUUGACCACACAGUGCAUACCGAGUAUUCGAACGAUUCUAGAUAAUUAUACGAGUAUAUAUGAAUAUAUGUGUGUGUGUGUGUGUAAGUUAUACGGAAUAGCGACGAAGUCGUUUGAGCAAAUACAUAUAGUUGGCCCGUUAUAAUAAACAAAAACAAAUAAAAUAAUAAUAUAGGAGAUGCAGAGUGAGAGCUAAACAAACAAACAAACAAACAAAGCAAAUACGUACAACACUGCAUCGGAUCGCGUUUUGAAAUUCCCGCGAGUGGGUGUCGUCUGCUGCGCUGAUUUGAAAAUAAAAAAGAUAGGAAUUCCGGCGUAUGUACUGAAUGAGGGGAAAAAAAAAACUUCUAUUUGAAUAACGAAGCUGUAGACAAUAUUUCAUUCGUUGAUUCGACGCACACAUACACCGCAAGCAUAACGUCUGUUGUUGUUUUCUCGGCCGUUUAUUAUUCAAGCGUAUAUCGGAUGGAUUUUUUAACUCUUUUGUAUGCUUUCGCCCUUUUUUAAAGUCUCGAUUUCGAAAGGAAACUCGCAUUAUUAACAGUAACGUAAAAAACCAAGAUAACAGCGCGCAAUAACGGAAAAACAUACGCAUUUGUAUAAGAUCACGACAUUAUAAUAAUAAAAAUAAAAAUACAUAUUAAAAACACACGCCAGAAAAAGUCUAAUAUCUUCCUCCGCGAGAGACUCGCGAGAAAAAUAAAAAAGAUGAUAAAAAACGUACGUUCGUUGUUUGCUACUAUACAUAGAUGUACCACAAGCUAAAAUAUCUCAUACAGACUUCGACGCGACGAAGCUUCCAGGUUUUACACACACGUGUGUACUACUAUACAUUACUGCGUCGACGGGAUAAGGAAGAGAAAUAAAAAAAAAAAAAAGAACUACUUAUUAUAAAAACGCAAACGUACACGUGAGA